AGACACAAAUUAAAAAAGCCGAACCAAAAUCCAAAUCGUAAAUCCUCCCCACUCACUCACACUAACCCCACUACUCUCUCUCUGUCACUGUAGGGAUAUCUGUCGCCCUCAAUUGCGACUUUCCACCACUCACAUCUCUCUCUCUCUCCUUCUUUCUCACUCUCUCGCUCUUUCUUUAUAUAAAUUAGGGUUUUUUUUGGCGAUGAGUCAAGAUUCGGGCCCUAAGGAAGCGGGGGAAGAGCCCGCGGCUUCUGAGUCCAUUGAAGUUUCCAAGGGCGCUGAGGAUACCGAACCGGCUGCUUCCGCAGAGGAGGACGCCGUGGAGAAGCCAGACGAUCCAAUGGAUGAGGACUCCGUGAGUCCCGCCACCGUCUUCUGUAUCCGGCUUAAGCAGCCCCGCUCCAAUUUGCAGCACAAGAUGAGUGUCCCCGAGCUUUGUCGCAAUUUUAGUGCCGUUGCUUGGUGUGGGAAACUGAAUGCCAUAGCUUGUGCAUCAGAGACUUGCGCAAGAAUUCCGAGUUCUACUGCAAAUCCGCCAUUUUGGAUCCCCAUACAUACUGUGAUCCCCGAGCGACCGACUGAAUGUGCAGUGUUCAAUGUCACAGCUGAUUCUCCGCGUGAUUCUGUUCAGUUUAUUGAGUGGUCUCCUACUUCCUGCCCCCGUGCCUUACUAAUAGCCAAUUUUCAUGGGAGGAUAACUAUUUGGACUCAACCUUCUCAGGGAUCAGCUAGUCUGGUACGUGAUGCAAGCUGCUGGCAGCUUGAGCAUGAAUGGCGACAGGAUAUUGCAGUUGUUACAAAGUGGCUAUCAGGGGUGUCUCAGUAUAGGUGGCUUUCCUCAAAAGCCGGUACCGCUGUAAACUCAAAGUCAGCUUUUGAGGAAAAGUUCCUUUCACAGCAGUCUCAAACUUCGGCUCGGUGGCCCAACUUUUUGUGCGUCUGUUCUGUUUUCUCAUCAGGCUCUGUUCAACUUCAUUGGUCACAGUGGCCUCCAAGUCAGAAUGGUGUAGCAUCAAAGUGGUUUUGCACAAGCAAAGGGCUUUUGGGUGCUGGACCUAGUGGGAUAAUGGCUGCUGAUGCCAUCAUAACAGAUAGUGGUGCCAUGCAUGUGGCAGGUGUUCCUAUUGUGAACCCAUCCACUGUUGUUGUUUGGGAGGUCACUCCUGGCCCGGGAAAUGCAUUUCAAGCAACUCCAAAGACAAGUUCAAGCAAUGGGGUCCCACCUUCACUUAAUCCUCCCAGUUGGGCAGGUUUUGCCCCUUUGGCUGCAUAUUUAUUUAGUUGGCAAGAAUAUUUAAUAUCUGAGGCUAAGCAAGGAAAAAGGACUGAUCAAGAUCUCAAUGACACUGUACCACUUCAUUGCUCACCAGUUUCAAACUUUUCUGCUUAUGUGAGUCCUGAGGCUGCAGCUCAAUCUGCAGCUACCACUACAUGGGGUUCUGGGGUUACUGCCGUUGCCUUUGAUCCAACCCGUGGUGGUUCCGUGAUAGCUGUUGUGAUAGUUGAGGGACAGUACAUGUCUCCUUAUGAUCCGGACGAGGGUCCAUCCAUUACAGGAUGGAGAGUGCAACGUUGGGAAUCAUCACUGAAGCCUGUUGUCCUCCAUCAAAUAUUUGGCAACCCCACUUCUAGUUAUGGUGGGCAAGCACCCAUGCAAACAGUUUGGGUGUCUAAAGUGGAUACAAGCAUUCCUCCAACUAAUGAUUUUAAAUCUCAUGAGGCAGCCGCAACAGGUCCCACCUCUGAUGUAAGAAAUACAUCUGAUAUGACUGUUGAUAAGGGACAAAAAGUCAUUUUUGAUCCCUUUGAUCUCCCAAGUGAUGUUAGGACACUUGCUCGAAUUGUCUAUUCUGCUCAUGGUGGCGAGAUUGCUAUUGCUUUUCUGCGGGGUGGGGUCCAUAUUUUUUCUGGUCCAAACUUUGCACCUGUUGAUAACUAUCAGAUUAAUGUUGGAUCUGCAAUUGCGGCUCCUGCCUUCUCUUCAACAAGCUGCUGUUCAGCUUCUGUCUGGCAUGACACCAGCAAGGACCGCACAAUGUUGAAGAUAAUUCGUGUUCUUCCUCCUGCUGUUCCAAGUAGUCAACCAAAGGCCAACAACUCUUCAACCUGGGAGCGUGCAAUUGCUGAGAGAUUUUGGUGGAGCCUUUUGGUUGGAGUUGAUUGGUGGGAUGCUGUUGGCUGUACACAGAGUGCUGCUGAGGACAGCAUUGUUUCUCUGAACAGCGUCAUUGCAGUCUUGGAUGCGGAUUUUCAUUCUCUUCCUUCUACACAGCACAGACAACAGUAUGGUCCUAGUCUAGACAGGAUAAAGUGCAGGCUACUGGAAGGUACAAAUGCGCAAGAAGUUAGGGCAAUGGUUCUUGAUAUGCAAGCAAGGUUGCUGCUGGAUAUGCUGGGGAAAGGAAUUGAAUCAGCUUUGUUAAAUCCUUCAGCUUUAGUAUCUGAGCCAUGGAACGCAUCUGGUGAGAUGUUAUCUGGCAUUGAUCCUGAAGCAAUGGCUGUUGAACCUGCACUAGUACUGAGUAUUCAGGCAUAUGUUGAUGCUGUUCUUGAUCUAGCUUCACAUUUCAUUACACGCUUGAGGCGCUAUGCAAGUUUCUGCCGCACAUUGGCUAGUCAUGCUGUUACUGCUGGCACUGGAAGCAAUCGCAACAUGGUGGCUAGUCCUACCCAAAGUUCUGCAACUCCUGCCACAAGUCAGGGAGGUCAAAGUGGUACUGCAAGCUCCACAGGAAGCACCCAAAUGCAAGCUUGGGUACAAGGUGCUAUUGCUAAGAUCAGUAGCACAAAUGAUGGAGUGUCCAACUCAACUCCAAACCCUAUAAGUGGUCCAUCAUCUUUCAUGCCGAUAAGCAUUAACACAGGAACUUUUCCAGGAACACCAGCUGUUAGGCUUAUUGGGGAUUGCCAUUUUCUGCAUCGAUUAUGCCAACUUUUGCUUUUUUGUUUUUUCUUUCGGCGAGCACAGCUUCCCCGCUUUCUUUUGGGUGCACAGAGAAAUGCUGAAACAAAUAUGCAAAAACCUCAGCCCAGUGCUCCUGGCAAGUUGGAGGAGAUCAAUUCUGUCUCUGCAAAACCAGCUUCAGCUGUGGCCAGGUCGGAAGAUGGUCAGAUAUCUAGAGUUAAUCAACUGUUACCUGGGGCGAAAGGAGUUGAAGAAGGACCCGCUGGCCGGUCAAGAUUAGGUUCUGGAAAUGCCGGUCAAGGAUACACUUUUGAGGAGGUGAAGGUCCUUUUCCUUAUACUUAUGGAUCUUUGUAGGCGAACAGCUGGCCUGGCACAUCCCUUGCCUGUUUCUCAGGUGGGGAGCAACAACAUCCAGGUGCGGCUGCAUUACAUUGACGGGAAUUAUACAGUACUUCCAGAGGUUGUAGAAGCUUCCCUUGGCCCACAUAUGCAGAAUAUGCCCCGGCCUAGAGGUGCAGACGCUGCUGGUCUGUUACUCCGUGAGCUAGAACUCCAUCCUCCUGCUGAAGAGUGGCACAGGCGGAAUAUGUAUGGUGGGCCUUGGUCUGAUCCAGAUGAUACGGGUCAUGUAGAUGACUCUCCCAAGCUAAGAAAUUCUGGAGACCCGCUUGAUUUCAACUCAUUGGAAAAUUCAGAUGUUUAUUAUGGUCCCCAUAGCCUGUGGCCAAGGAAACGCAGGAUGUCUGAAAGAGAUGCAGCUUUUGGCUUGAACACUUCUGUAGGACUGGGAGCAUAUCUUGGUAUAAUGGGUUCUCGUAGAGAUGUUGUUACUGCUGUGUGGAAGACUGGCCUUGAAGGUGUUUGGUACAAGUGUAUAAGAUGUUUGCGGCAGACUUCCGCUUUUGCUUCACCGGGUGCUUCUCACCCAUCUAAUCAAAAUGACCGGGAAACUUGGUGGAUCAGCCGCUGGGCUUAUGGCUGUCCGAUGUGUGGUGGAACAUGGGUUCAAGUUGUAUAGAUGACUGCAUGACGUAUUUGUCUGUUAGGUGCACUCCCCCCUCCCUCCCUGGAUAAAUGGAAAACAAGCUUCGUGGUGAUAUAUACCUAUAUUGUAGUUCAAUUACUGACAUUUAGAGGAGGCAUUGAUUAGUAAUUUAGGUGGAUAGAAACUUCGGAGUAGAUUUUUUUUUGCCCUAGAGUGACCAAUUUCACUUGGAUCUGAUGAUAGUACCAUUUUAUGUAUUACUUUAGUGUGUCGUGUUCCAGUCAUGCAAAAGCAAGAUUCUGUCAAAUCUGCAAUUUGGGUUUUGAGGCCAACAUAUCCCCAGGAUGACUUGCCAUCUCCCCAUUAUGUGCACGUCUUCUCUGCGUAAACUUUUUGGAUUUGAUCCCCACUUUAUGUGCCCAGUGAUUGUAUAUGUUGGUCUGUCCCAGGUAUCGUCCAACCAACCCCAAACCCCAAGAAAAUGAACUCAUAAUGUUUUGUGGAUUUCUUUUUAUUAAUGUGGCAUCGGUUCAACUGAUCCUUUGGAGAGGGAAAAUUGUCAAUUCUAACAGACUUACUGCCGGACUGUGGGAGAGCUUCACAAUUACUGCCAGUUUGCAGAUUUUGAAGGUUCUGGCUCAAACCUUGAUGUAUCUAUUCUGUGCACUAUUUUUUGGUUAGAUGACGAGGUAUCCGAGAACUUUCAUUGCCCUAGAUAAGGCUCUAUUUCUCGACUAAUCCCCGAGGUAAAAGAUGUCUCCGCCAGCAAAUUUGUCACCUUUACUGCAGUGUCUUGUUCGCAAGGACCAGAGAUCAACCAGGAGCAACCCACCUGUAAGGUCUACUUUCGAUGCCUUCUUCACCCAGAUUGGAGUCUCUGGGAGCCUUUUAACCUCCUGCUCGGGAGGUUUCUGUGUACUAUUGGGAAAACCUCUUCCAGAUGGUUGAUUUUAUUUGUCUACAUCACUGUUACAAAGAGAAUAUUGACAAUUCCUAGCCAUGCUGAAGAAUUCGCUCUUGAUAGAAGUAUUUGAAUCUGGUCGUGAUGGAAGGAUUAUUGCUUGAAUGGUGCCAGCCUGCUCUGCAUCGGCCAGCAAAUGCCCAUUACAUCAACAUCUUGUACUUUACAAAGAUUAUUAUUAUUUUAAAUUUUAUUUUUUAAAGAUAUUUCGAGGCUGUAAAAAGUAUUUCUCUGCAUGCUCUAUUUGUGCUGUAAUUUUUUUAACACAAUUUAUAUAACCGAAAUAUGAACAGUUGAGCCGA